GUCGCACCGAACCAGAGUUGGAUUUUUCAGCUGCCGCAUGUAUUGGAAUUUACCAGUCAUGUUCCACGUUCUUGUGGGGUUUUUGUAGUUAGAUAUACACAUGCAAAUGAAGGAAGAAGAUCAUAUAGCGGGCACGGUCAAUGGCACGGAUAUGGAGCGAAAAAUAGGUGGUGUCGAUAACAGGGGUUGUACGGACACACUGUCGGACACCGUGGUCCACGAAGCGGGAUCUAAUCAAGCUGCAGGUCGUGGCGACCGCAAUGGUCCAGGAAACCGUGUCGGAACGGGGAUACGCGUUCUAAAGCGGAACAUGAAGAGGAAUGGGAGCAGAGGCUGUGUUACCAGGAAGAACCGCUUUGGAUCGCGAGAGCGGGACUGGCUGAAGGGGGACGCCCAGCGGGGCUGUGUGUGUCUGUACGGGGGGACAGUAGACCCCCAGCCCCCAGCCUCGGGCCCACAGGCCUCCUCCACCCCCCAGGCAGACCUGCGGCUGGUGCUAUGCUCCACCACUACCACGGUGGAGGAGCUGUGUGCCCAGAGAGAAGUAGAGGGACUGUACCUGCAGCUCCAUGGAGACCUGCUCAGGAGGCUGGACCCCUCUGAGCGCCCUCUCCAAAUGGUGUAUGACUACCUUGCUGCUAUAGGCUACCAGGACCCUCUGCGAGUGCAGAGAGAGGCGGCCAACUCGGACCUCAGCUGCAUGAUCCGCUUCUACAGUGAGUGUCCGGUGAACGCGGACCAGCAGGAGCGGACCCUGCUGACGGGCGUGUUCAGCGUCAGGAAGGGCAAGACCCAGCUGCACAAGUGGGCAGAGCGCCAGGUCCUCCUGUGUGGCACCUGUCUGAUUGUGGCCUCUGUCAAAGACAGCCUGACGGGGAAGAUGCACAUCCUGCCUCUGGUGGGGGGAAAGGUGGAGGAGGUGAAGAGGAGACAGCACUGUCUGAUGUUCAGCUCAGCUGGACCCCAGGCCCAGACAUACUUUGUUAACUUCGACACACUGGCAGACUAUCAGAGGUGGCAUCGGCAGGCUUCAAAAGUGGUUUCUCAGACCAUCAGCCUGGUGGAUCUGUCAUGCUACAGUCUGGAGGAGGUGCCAGAGUACCUGUUCUACAGCCAGGACAUCACCCACCUCAACCUCCGACACAACUUCAUGUCCCUGCAGGGACCCGGAGGACUGCUCAACCUCCCCAGGUUUUCCCAGCUGAAGAGCCUGAACCUUUCACAUAACCGCCUGGGAGUGUUUCCAGAGUCUGUCUGUGAGAUCCUCACCCUGACAGAGCUCAACCUCUCCUGUAACGGCAUGAACACAGUCCCCAGACAGAUAGGCAACCUCCAGAGUCUGCAGACCCUGUCUCUGGAUGGGAAUCACUUGAGCUUCCUGCCCGAAGAGCUUGGCGGCCUAGCUCAGCUCAGCAGCCUGGGGCUUUCCUUCAACAACUUCCCCCACAUCCCUGGUGUUCUGGAUAGGCUGAGCGGCAUGGACAGGCUAGCCAUGGCUGGGAACCGGGUGGAGACCCUGGAGCUGGGGAUCCUGGCCAGGAUGAGCCACCUCAAGAACAUCGACCUGCGGCUGAACGGUCUGCGCUGGGUGAAGAGUGAGGCCCUGGAGGCGGUGAAGCAGGUGACCCAGCUGGACCUGAGGGACAACCACUUGGCCACACUGGACCUGAGCUCCAUCUGCAGCCUGGAAACUCUGCACUGCCAGAGAAACCAGCUGAGGGCGCUAACGCUGAGUGGCUUCACCCUGCGCACACUUCACGCCAGCAGCAACCGCCUGACCACGGUCAACAUCUACCCAGUACCCAACCAGCUGACACAGAUGGACCUAUCACGGAACCUGCUGGAGUACCUACCAGACUGGUUGUGUGACAGUAGGAAGAUGGAGGUGCUGGACGUCACACACAACUUCCUGUCUGAACUACCAGCCAGACUGCUCAGCAGCCUGAGUCUGAGGAAGCUGCUGGCUGGGAACAAUAGGCUCCAGAGACUGCCUGACCUACUUGACCACGUCCCCCUGGAAGCACUCGACCUCCAGCACAACAAGCUAGGCGAGCUCCCGGAGAGCCUCUUCUACAAGGCCUUAAAUUUAAAGUACCUGAACGUGUCAGCCAAUGCCCUGGAGAUAAUUCCCCCCAGCAGCCAAUCAGAGGAGAGCCUCAGCACCCUCCAGGAACUGUACCUGACAGGGAACAAACUGAAUGAGAACUGUGCCGCCCUGCUGGUGGGACACCAGAACCUCCGAGUCCUGCACAUGGCCUACAACCAGCUGCUCUCUUUCCCUGCCAGUAAACUGAGUAAACUGGAGCUGCUGGAGGAGCUCAAUCUGAGUGGCAACAAGCUGAAGACCAUCCCCUCCACUGUGUCCAGCUGUAAGAGGCUACACACCCUCAUAGCACACUCCAACCACAUCAGUGUGUUCCCUGAGAUCCUCAACCUGCCAGAGAUCAAGCUGGUGGACCUGAGCUGUAAUGAGCUGACUGAGAUCCUACUGCCAGACUCUCUACAGGCCACCCUGCACGAACUGGACCUGACUGGCAACAGCAGCCUCUUGCUGGAGCACAAAACACUCAACCUGUUCAGUCACAUCACCACCCUGAAGCUGGACCAGAAGCCAGCCAUGACCACCGGCGACUCCCUGGGCUCCUCCACCCUGUGGAACCACGGUUACUCUGAGAUGAGCGGACAGAGGAACAAGUUGUGUGUGUCUGUGCUGGCAGUGGACCGCUUUGGGGACAGCGUUGAGGCGGCCUAUGGCAUCUUCGACGGAGACCGCAAUGAGGAAGUGCCUCGUCUGCUGCAGUGCACCAUGGGAGAUGUGCUGUCGGAGGAGCUACUGCAUUCCAGUGUGGACAGUGUGUACAUGAGUAACACCUUCCUCACCUCACACAGGAAACUGGGCAUGGCUGGUCAGAAGCUGGGUGCAUCUGCCCUGCUAUGCUACAUCCACCACGAGCCGUCAGAGCUGGGCAGCUACUUCAGCCUGACGGUGGCCAACGUGGGCAGCUGCCAGGCGGUGCUGUGUCGAGAUGGCCAGCCCCUGCCCCUCUCCAAGGUCUUCAGCCUGGAGCAGAGCACCGAAGAGAUGGAGAGGGUCAAACUCAGCAAGGCUAUCAUAACUGAGGAUAAUAAGGUGAGUGGAGUGACAUGCUGCUCUCGCCUGCUGGGCUGCUCUUAUCUGUCUCCCUGGGUGUUGCCCAAGCCCUGGGUGCGCACCGAGCCCCUGUGUUCCCAGGACGAGUUCCUGAUCCUGGGGAACCGGGCGCUGUUUGAGAGGGUGUCCUACCAGGAGGCCGUGUGCACCGUGCAGGCCGUGAGGGACCCCCGCGCUGCUGCCAAGAAGCUCUGCACGCUGGCCCAGAGCUACGGCUGCCGGGACAAUGUGGGGGCGGUGGUGGUGUCCCUGCACAUCGGGGAGGACAGCUGUACCUGUGAGCCCGCUCUCGCCAAUACUGGGACUGAACCCCGGGGACCCCCUCCAACACCCCUCCCUGUCUCUGCUCCCCCAGGGGACCCGGCCACGCCCUCCUCCAGCAGUGGCAUCGCCUCAGAGUUCAACAGCGAGACUUCAGCCUCGGAGGUGGGGAGUGAGGCAGGCUCCACGGCCUCUGACGAACACCCCUCCUCUGGCCCCACGGCCCGACCUGAGAGGCGCUGUAGCCUCCACCCUGCAGCCACGCUCUGUGGCCCCACGGGACCCGGCUCAGCCGGGGUAGGGGGGCCCCACCCAGUCCUGUUCCAGCGCCAGCCCUCCUGUGCCACCUUCUCCAGUAACCAGUCUGACAACGGGCUGGACAGUGAUGACGAGGCUCCACUAGAGGGGGUCAUCUCCAACGGGAGCAAGCUGGAGGUGGAGGUGGACAUCCACUGCUGUGCUUUCCAGAUCCGCUCUGGGCCCCCCGCGAACCCCAAGGACCACAACCUGGACAAGACACGCUCGGACUACCCCAACGGAAAGAUGCGGCGUCAGAACAGCGUGGUGGUGUCAGCCACUAACGGCUGCCUGCUGGCUGUGUGUGGCAGGGAGAUCUCCGACCUGAAGAAGUCCCCCUCCACCUCCAGCCUCUUUGGGAAGAAGCUCUCCAACGGCUCCGUGGUGGCCCCGGAAGAUAGCCACAACCUCAUUGAGGUAGCCCUGGAGGCCCCUAAGAAGAAGUCGGGUUACUUCACUGCCCCCGCCCAGCAGGACCCUGAGGACCAGCUGGUAGUGCCUCCCAGUCUAGAGCAGGAUGUUAGGGAACAGCUGAGGGGCCAGAACCCUAUGGUCCCAGGACCUCCACCCCCUUCCACACCCCCCUCCAUCAGAGACCCUGUGUGGGACCACCCCCACCCCCCUGCCCCCAUGCUGCCCCAGCGGGACCUCGCCCCCAACACUAUCCCUGCCCUACAGCAUGAAGUCUAUGAUACUGCCCUCUAGAGGGGGCCAGAGCACAGCUCCACCCUGUGGCAGUCCUGUGACAGUGCCAUACCAGGGGGGCAGAGGAGGUCUCUCUGGCACAGGUGGGAUAUUCCAGUUCAAGUUUCCAUUCAGCUCUGUCAUGAAGACCAGAUGGACAUGUGGGGCCUUGACUGUUCACACAUGAAUGCGUUACGUCACAUUAGACGUAGAGAAAUGCUUAGCUAACUGUCUGAUGAACCUGGUAGAACUGUCGGAGUAUCAGAGCUGAACAGGCACAGAAAUCACCACCCAUGAAAAGAGGUUGUGAAAAGAAGGGGGCCACCGCAGGCCAAAAUACCCCCAGCCUGAACUAGAAUACCUCAUGCGUUUUAGACUGCAGAACUUGUUUGCAACAUUUCCCUUUACUUGGAAUGAAGGUCAAAUAGUGAAACGGUAGAAGAAUCCCUUUGAGUGUUUUAUCAUUCCAUUCCUUGGGGCUCCAGGGGCUCCUAGAUCCCAGGGACAAGUCCUGUGACCCAAAGGGUGAAAAAGUGCCUACUGUAGAUGACUCAGCCCCAGAUGUCCCUGCCUGCAUGUGUGUAUGGAGGGGAGGGCGGGGACAUCAGUAUUUAACCCUGGAGGAGGACAUCACUGUGUGACAGCGUCCUCCAGGGGCCACCAAUGGUACAGCCACUUCUCUCCUCCCUCCCUCCCUUUCUCUCUCCCUCUCUCCCUCUCUCUCGCUCUCUCUCUCUCUCUCUCUCUCUCUAACCUGUUGACUGCACUAUGGCAGUCGACAUGGCUGGCAGGACUGGAACCUGGGCUGACUGGCCUUACUCUGUGGUACAAGGAUUCAGACUGUGUAUGCUAGAGGCAAGUAGGAACAUAACAGCAGACGAUAAAAAACUAACUGAAUUUAAAUUUGCUGAAAAAAUAAUGUUAAGAUGUGACCCUUUCUAUCUACACCAUAGUCCUCUAUAUUGGAAAUACAGUUAGUAUCUAUAUACACAUUUAGUCUGAGCAGUAUAGUGCAGAACCACAUAGUGGUGUAAUCACAUGGCCUGCUUGGCCUUGUCUGAGCAUCAGGAUGCCUAUCCAUUUGGAAACCAUUGAAGCCUUGCUGGGAGAAAUAAUGCAUUCUACAGAAAUGUUCAAGAAAAGGCAAACGCAAAAUAACACAGUGCAUUGCUCACCUGUACAGAACCAAUAUGGUAUACUGCUUCAAAACCAUUAUUGUAUCACUGUAUCCGUGACAGUGCAUGGUCAGCAUAUUUUUACAGAAAAAGUUGUUAUAUUAAUGAUGUUUUAUGAGCAACAUGAGUGGUGACAAUGAAGGCAAAGCAAUCGUUCAGUGUUCAUAGCUCAAAGAAGCUACAAUGCACAGUAGAUACUAUACAGUAAUCAUUACAAGUUAUGGGUGAAAAAACAUGCUCUUCAACAUGAGUUCUUCACAUUAUUAGAGUGCCAUCAUUUAAGGAGUCCAGAUACUGUGAGGUGUGUAGACCCUGUUUUCUUUAGAUUUUCUAGUUUCACGCUUGUUGUACCCAGGCAAUUGUGCAAAAUCUCUCUAGUGAUCAACGUAUCAGAAUCAUUCCAUUCCCAUCAAUCCGUUAGCUUCACAGUCAUCUGAACAAAAUAUCCAUGAGUAGUGUACUAAAAUGAGGAUGUAACAUGGUAUAUUUUUUGUAUAUGUAAAGUAUGAAUGUUGUGAAAUGUAUGUGUACUAUUUGGUACAAAGAUGUUCUAUUUUAGCCAUGCAGUUUGCAUAAUUCUUUUGGAGGCUAUAGAUUAGCUGGUUGAUGCUCUUCAUUUUAAGUCAGUGACCAGAGAGGGAAAGAGUAAAAAUAAUAUGAUUUACUCAUUGAAAUAAUUAGAUAUUUCAUUCUCAUAGAUCUACUGACAGAUUCAAUAGGGGUUUGUGGGACAUCUGGUGGUGAUAACUAUGAAUUGCCUCAGUUGUUUCUUCUAUAUCAGUGAAUAUCACCCGUGUGUACUCCCUGGUGUACUCUACCACCUACUGUACAACAGAUUCAGAACAAGCACAGUGUGUUUUUGUUGGCUGGACAGAAAAGCUCAUUGUUGUCUUGGCGACAAUAAGGGCUGGUUUGAGUAAGAGGGGUGGUGUGAAGCUCACACGAGGGGCAACACCAAACCAAUUCAACAGGUGGGUGGAUGACUGGAUGGGGUAUUGUAAAGGAACAAUGAGAAAAUGGGUUUAUCAGAUUACGUUUAUGUGGAAUUUUAGCAAAUAUCUACAAUAUACAAAUUUUUCUAUGAGUCCCAUACAAUACUCUUAUCUACAAAUCACCUCACCGGAGCUAAUGAUUUCAUCCAUCUCACAUUUGUGUCCUGGGAUGAUGACAUGAUGCAGAUGUGGGUUAAAGUAUCGACUGUAUUUUGACACACAAAAGAAAAAACACAGGUAUUCUUAUGUAUAGGGCCAAUGAGACAUUAACUUAGACAUUACAUAUCCACCUCACUGGAUAAUGAAGUGAUGACAUCACAAUGAGCAAAGCACUUUGUGUCAUGAGAAGAGUGAACAACCUAAAGUAUUGACUGUAAGCCAUUCAUUUUGCAUCAGAAUUUGAGUUCAGACUUUAUUUGGGGCAUUUGCUAAGGGUUUUAGUGUUGUAUGGCCCUAGCUUAUAUCUAGCACAGACAUGGUGAAAUAUGUCAGUCAUGGACAUUGCUUUGAAUAAAGACAUCAGCAUAAUAUGGGUCAGUAGACUGUGAAUGUGACAUUUCUAUAAAGUUGCACUUGUGCUCUGGCGAUGUUAGAGGAUAGGAUACCACUAAUUGACUCAUCAUUGAUAUAACAUAGCUGCAGACCAAAAUCUACCCCCUUCCCCCUUGUGCCAAACUGUCUAACCCUAACCCAUUCUAGAGAGGACAACAGUCUGACUUAGUAAGAGAGGGCUUGUGGUCUGACUAGAGAAUGACCGGUAUGUGUUCCUAGAUGCCACUGUGAAAAGGCUAGUGGCAUGGUUGUAGCACCUACCAUAGCUGCUUAGCUAGCUACAGCCCUCUCUAAGCUUGUUCAAAUCCUUAAUGCAGCGCUGCCAGUCCUAAUGAUGAUGGGGACCGUCUUUUUCUGUUGGUUUUAUUUCCUUUAGCGGAGCUGGUUUUGCCCUUGACCUUACGUGGCAAGGUCAGGAGCAUAGAACACCUGAAAACGCCAAUAUUUUGCAUUCUUUUCCCCAAAUUGCAGAGAGAGCAAGGCAAUGUUUCAGGCCAGUAGAACAAGGCUUGGGUCCAGUGGGGUGGAUUCUAAAGGUUUAAUAGAAUUGGCAGUAUUUAAGAUGCUCACAAACCUCACAGCUGCUUCGAAAUGGCUAUUUACAUCCUUAACGUUCUAGACUGGAAUGAUUGGUGAAUUUGCCUUUCCAAAGCCUGCUCGCUUAUAAUAUGAGAUGUAUUAUAUAAGUCUAAUUUACUUAUUUUGUCCCAGCGUCGGACAAAAUCUGCUCUUGAAAGGAUCAAACACUGUUUAAAGCACUUUGUACAUUGGGAGAUGAAUAUAUUCAAAGGUUGAUAUUUGAGUAUUAUGUGAGAUAUUUAUCGAAAAUGCACAUUAACUCAUAGGGCUUGAGUUGUCGUUGUUGUGGCUUCUGUCAGCCAAACAUAUCAUGUCUUCUCUAAGAGAAAGUAUCCAAUAGAAGUGCUAAUAAUUCGAAGUAAAGUGUGAGACAAUUACAAAACUGCUUUUCUGGUGGAUGCAAGUUUGUCUUUUAGCACAAAGAUAGGCAUUGUUCUUCCUUGUUCAAGUCUUAAGUCUUUUUUUGUAUUGAGUCAUUCUGCUUCCAUGAGAGGAACAGCAGCUGGUGUUGAGUUGUAAAAGGUCCUGGCUCCUUCUAGGGAUGAUAAGUGGCAGAAACCAACCAUUUGAAUAUUGCUUUGUUUGCUAACGGAAGCCACCUGCUGUGCCUCAGGCAGUAACACAGGUACAUGUAAGCACCACAGGUGUGGGUUUGCCCUCCACCCUGGGCACAGAUAGAGCAUUUCAGGACAGACGAAAGAAACAGAUUUGAGCUGGCACACAUCUGACAUUUUCAUAUGGCAUUUAAGUUGAGAACACAAGAACAGUAUGAAGAGGUGAUUGUCUUUGAUGUGGUUGGUGGAAUCCUCUUAAUGAACAGGUAGACUUCAAAUACACUACAAAAUGUAGAUGAUUAUGAACAUGAAUUCCCUCACAUCAAAUAUGCAAAGUGUCACCUGUAUAUAUUACUAACCGGUUACACACCUGACCUGAAAAUAGGAUAACCUUUUUUUUUUAACUAUGAAAAAGAGUAGUAACUGAGCAUUCAUGUCUGUGUGUGCGGAUGUAUGUGUGUGUGAAUCGUGAAGUGCAGUGUUCUGCCAUCGUGUGUGUUUUGACCUUUUGUCAACUCUUUCCGAGCAGUGGUCCUUGCAGAAUAGUUGAUCAAGAGGCUCCAUAAUUGGGCCCUAGUUUGCCAGGUGAGGACCAGCAACACACUACUAAGCUCUGUGCGUCCCAAAUGCACCCAUGCUACAUGCUCUAGCAGCCAAGUAUGAUUUGCUAUUGUGUUUACAGUCAACUCUCUCUUAUUUUUGUAAAGAACCAAAAAGUUUACUCCUACUAACAAGAGCUAGAUACAAUAUCAUUGAGAAGAUCAUUAACAUAGAUAUAAAUAGAGGAAUAAAUGUGCCUGUACAUAUGCAUACCGUAUGUAUGGCUACAGUAAGAGGGGGCACAGAGUAACAGAUCAAGGUGCCAUCAGAAUGGAUGGCAAAGUAUUCCCUUUAAUUAUUUAGUAGAGGAGAUCAACUUCUGUUCAUGAUCUGAUGAGUGCACCAUAAUCUUGUGUAAAUACAACUGAGUUUGUGUUUGUGUGAGGGUGUGCACAUUUAAGUAGGUUAUGGUAUCAGAAUGGUUUUCUGGGCGACUUUUCAAUUUACUCAUUCUGAAUCCGUUUAAUCCACUCUCUGUUAACACAUUAUAGGUUUUAUUUAUCUUCUCAGAGGGAGAACAUGCUGCCUGUUUGUCAUUGCGGUCUGUGAAAGAGGUGUGAGUGUGAAAGUAUGCACGUGUACAUGCAUGUGUUGCUGUUAUAUUUAACAGAAUGAAUCUCGAUCAUUCUGUUAAAUUAUUAUAGUUAACUCUGGAAAGAAUCUGAUAUUGAGGACGUUCCAAUUGUUUAACAUGUGACCAAAGUAAACAUUGUUUGAUCUCACCUUUCUUUCUGUACAUUCUUUUCUAGAGAUGCUUGAAUAUUUUCUCUCAAUGCCAAGAAGCUGAGGUUUAUUUUUGUACAUUGUUCAUGCAAAUGUAUAGGUCCUUCUCCACUACAGAAUCUAGAAUAAAGGGAUUCUAUAGUAUACCGUCACAGAUUAUGGUAUUUUUUAUUUAAGAUACUAAUUAUUAAUGUAUUUAAUGUCUGAAGCAUGCCAUAUAUAAAUGCAUAUAAAUAUAAAAUAUAUACAGUGCACAUACAAUGUGAUUACUUUGUACAAAAUGUUAACAUUAUGUUUGUAAGGCAUUGUUUUGAAUAUCUGGAGCAUAUCUAAUAUUUUUGUUUAUAUUUUAGCAUGCAGAAAACUGCUAAAAAAUAUUUAAAUUCUGUUAAAUAUUUGAUGUAAUUAGUUUGAGGAUACCUUGUGUUUUAUCAUUUAGGAAAAGGACUAACCAUGAGCACUUUUGCUGUUUGUCAGCCAGAAUUGUACUCAUUUAAAUUGAGUGGGCGAUGGUUUAUUAUUUCAUUUGAGAUGCUGCUAUGACUAGUUUUGAGCAGAAAAGCUGUAUUUUUAAUUAACUUUCAGCCAAGUAGCAAUAAAAUUUAUACUGUGAAAAACC